AUGCGGCAGUUGCUGACCUUCGUCACGCAAGAGGUCAUUAGGAGAGGAGCGAUACCGGAGAAUCAUCCCACACUAAAUCCUCAGGAUAUCUUUGAUGCUGCUGUUGGAACAAGCACCGGAGGACUGAUCGUGCUGAUGCUGGUCAAACUGGACAUGACUUUGGAGGAGUGCAUACGGCAGUAUAAAGUGCUCUCUGGGGACAUCUUCUCCAAAUACCGCUGUUUGGUGAGAAGAGUGUUUGGCUCGGAUUGGUCCAAGUUCUCGGGUAUGAGACUGCAGAGGGCUGUGGAAAAGCUGCUGGCCUCCAGGGGGCAUCCCCUUGACAUGAAGCUGCGUGGCAGCGUCCAGCAUAACCAGAUGCAUGGCACCGUCCUUUGUCACGAAAAGCUCCGGGGCCAUCAAAUGUUCUUGUGCACCCACCAGUGUACAGGUCCCUACCAGCGACACACGCUGGAGGGCGAACUGGAACUACGGCAUGCUGCCCGGGCCACCUCAGCCGCGCCAUCAUACUUCGAACCGAUGAUAAUCCAAGGAAAGUUGUUCGUUGACGGAGGGUACGGUGACACCAACAACCCAUCAUGGGCCGCCAAAAUCCAUUAUCACCAGAGCCACGGUCUUCCUGCGAGGCACCCACUGGUCUUGAUCAACAUCGGAACUGGUACCUUGCCGGAAGGCUACGACGAAGUCCGCCUUCUCCAGCGACCUUGGUGGACGAGGCUGUUGCCAAACAGUCUGGUAGAGGCUCUCGGCCUGCUGUCGGAUCUGGUGAAAAUGGCGACCGAAUCAGAACAUCGGGCGGCCGACUUGGCCUACAUCGCCGCCAUUGCUCCCGAGAAGCUGUUCUUCCAGAGGUUCAGCGCCGACACCGGCAUGCACGACAUCAGGCUGGACAAGUGGCAGGCAGUCACCGAUAGGCAUGGUCGUCCAAGUGAAAUCGAGGUCAAGACCGAAACAUACCUUGCCAAACCCGACGUCCAAAUGCACCUGAGGACGGCGGCGAAAAAGUUGGCCGAGGUUUAUAUCGCACGCAACAACGAUCCCAGCAUCCGCCUGCCUCUCCCAAUCCACUUUCCUUUGGGCCCCGAGCCACCAUGCUUGACUCAAGCAAUGUUGGGUUCGCAGCCAUCUAGGGCUACCCAACCCUCCCCGAGUCUGGUUGCCGAGUCCGGGUCAACUCCGUCAUCCACUGCCACCGUCAGUCCUUCUCCAUCUCCUUCUCCAUCUCCUCCGGCCACUCCGGAUCCAUACCCAAAGUCGCUCUUCUAUCCACAAGUCGGCAGCAAGACAGGCGAUAUCCUUCGAGUCGAAGGUCGCUUCUUUGAGAUGCCGAUGAGCAGGGCCACGCGCGCCCGCACACGUUAA